UGCAAAUGCAAAAGAAAAGGAUGAGUCCUCAACCUCAACUGUCAGUAAAGUUUACGCUAUGGAUUUAAAUAAAUUAUCAUCAUCUCGCGAUAGUCAAUCAAGUUUUGUGGCCUUGGCGUGAACCCUGAACAUCCUCCUCUAGUUUCGUUUAUCAGUAGUGUCAAGUUUAAUGUUUACUGUCAAUUUCAAUUUGUGUUUGUUGACUGCUCUGAUGUGAUGGAAUUUAACUUUGCACCAUGACAUUGGAUUUCAGCAACUAUUUUUGGGGUGAUAAGAACAAUGGCUUUGAUGUGCUGUACCACAACAUGAAAUAUGGUGCACUUGCAACAAAGGAAUUGGCAGAUUUCUUCCGAGAACGGUGUAAUAUUGAAGAAAAUAAUUCAAAGCUACUAAAUAAACUAGCAAAACAAGCGGGAAGUAGCUCGGUAAAUGGAACUUUUGCUCCACUAUGGCAAGUACUACGAGCAACAGUAGAAAAACUAGCAUCAUAUCAUUUUCAGAUGGUUCAAAGAGUAUCAGAAUUAGUGAAAGAAGUUUCAAAAUACGGAGAUGAACUUCAUAAGAAACAUAAGCUGGUCAAAGAUGAACAAAGUGGAACAUCUGAAGUUGUUCAAGCAAUCCAAUCAACAACUUUAACAUUGCAGAAGAUGAAAGAAGUCUAUUUACAAAGAGGUGUGGAACUAGAUAAAUUAAGAAAAGAAAAUGCCUCUCCUAGGGACAUUGAGAAGGCAGAGCAGAAACUAAAAAAAGCACAAGAAGACUACAAAAAUUUGACUGAAAAGUACAAAAUCAUAAGAGAAGAAUUUGAAACAAAAAUGACUGCUGCUUGUCGGCAAUUUCAAGAAGUUGAAGAGGCACACAUAAAGCAAAUGAAAGAUUUCUUAAAUACAUAUGCAGAAGUUAUUGAAGAUAACAAUACAUUUGUCGCUCAGGUCAAUCAUGAUUUUAAGAAGCAAUGUUUGGAGAUGACUGUCGAAAAACUGCUCGAGAAAUUUGUAUUGAACAAGUACACCGGACUUGAGAAACCAGAAUCUUUAGAAUUUGAGGAAUUUAACACAAAUGCAUCACCGAAUCGAGGACCUCAAAUGUCCACAGAAACGAGUGUUUCUUCAAAAUUAGGAGCAUUAGCUGCAAAUGGGGACCAGGUUUCUGCCAAAACUUCAAAACGCGAUGGUAAUGCGGGUAUGUGGGAGAAUAAAGCAAAUAAACAGUCCCGUCGUGCUACAUCCCUUCUCAAUCUCUUCAUGUCCAACUCCCAUGGUAUUUCCACUGUUUCAGGCAGUAAAGAGGUGUCAGUAAAUCCAGAAGGGGGUCCAACAUCGGCCCCAACCAGUCCUAUCUCUGCAGGUCUUACUGACAGUGGCAAUUCAGUACCCUCUUUAGCCCGCAAUCCUUUGCGUGGAUCAAAAUGGCUCAACACUUCAUAUGACUCGCCUUCCCCUUCAUCUGUGUCCUACAACAUCACCUCUUGGACAUCAGGGUUUCUAAGAAGUAGACGAGAAAAACGCAAAGAGAAAAAAGCUAAAAAGAAGAAAGACGGCUCUGCAGACACGACAAGUAACAAGGAAGAAAAAUCCGAUCUGGAAGAGAAAGAAGAUAGCAGAAAAUCAAAAACUCCAACCCCAGAAGUUGAUGAAGAAGGAUACUCAUUGAGGCCAAAAACAGAUUCUUGGGAGAAUGACAAAGGAAGCUUUUAUUCCAGUUCUGAUUCUGACUCAGCAGAUGAAAAAGAACGUAAAAUACAUGUUGAAAUCAAACCUUUAAGUAAUGGAUCUGCCCCAAUGAGUGCUAGUGUAGAUGAGCUACGCGCAACUGUCGGAACAUUAUCCCUAUCUCAAAUAGCACCAAUAGCUGGUCGAAGAGGCUCAACAGUGGAAGGAGAUUUAUCCAUGAAACGAUCUCAGUCUGUGUCUCAGCAAUUAGGAGGGAAACUAAGCUCAGAUUUAGUAGGUUUAAAUUUAUUCCAAAGUCCAACAGGAUCUAGUGCGUCAACACCCUCUGGAAGUCAUCCUUACGCCCCUCUCCAAAGUCCUACUUUAUCUGCAAAUAAUUCUGCUCCUACAAGUAUACCAUCAGCCACAUCUAGAUACUCAGAUCUUGGGGACCUGUUCUCGGAAGUAGGUGAUAUGCAACCAGCUUUACCUCCAAAGCAAUCUCGCCAAAGUACUUCAAGUGUUACCAUGGGUUCAAUUGCUAUACCUAGACCCCCUUCAAGGAGAGGAGAGGCUACAGGACCUAGAGGAAGGAUGAGUCCAAGCAGUAUGGCUCGAACCGACAGUAUUAAUAGUUUAGAGUUCCGGACCGCGGGUGUGCCUUUGGGAUCGUCUAGGGGUCCUUCUCCACUAACAAUUGGCAUGGCUGACACCAUCCCCCUAGCUGUUGCAUUCCAUGAAAUCAUUCACUCCUAUUUCCGUGGAACUGACGAGACCAGAUGUCAAGUAAAAAUGAAUGGUGAUAUGAUGUUAUCUUUCCCUGCCGGUAUUGUCGGUGUUCUAGCCAAUAAUCCAAACCCAGCUCAACUAUCAUUCCGUAUACGGAACAUAAACCGCCUUGAAAACAUACUGCCCAAUAAACAGUUAAUUAAUACGAUGCAGACUAUCCCUGAAAAUCAGAGAAAAAGAGAAUCUAUUCAGUCUUCUGGUGAUAAUAGUGUAUUUGAGUUUAACAUGAGUGCCUUAACUGCUUUACUCAGGAAACAAUCAGAACAAAAUCCCUCCGCCUCGUAUUUCAAUGUUGAAAUUUUGAAAUAUCAGAUCAAAGCCAAAAGUGGUGCUGGUUCAUGCCCUUUCCAAUUAGUCGCCUAUUGGAAGUGUGAACAAAAUCAAACUGACUUGAAAGUAGAUUAUAAGUACAAUAGCCAUGCAAUGGCUAAUCCGUCUCCCUUGCUAAAUCUUACCAUUGCUGUCCCUGUUGAUGGUGGUGUUCAAAAUGUACAGUCCAAACCAGCAGCACAGUGGAUACCAGAUAGUCAACGUGCGUUAUGGAAGUUUACCGAGUUAUCUCAACACACAGAAAAUCAUGGUUUUGGAUCCCUCCGGGCCAGAUUUGAAGUUAGUAAUGGUCCAAGUUCUCAGAGUACUAUAGCAACGCAAUUCAAUUGUGAAGGCACAACUUUAUCCGGGGCUGAUUUUGAAUUGGUUGGGUCCGGCUACAGAUUGUCCCUUGUAAAAAGAAGAUUCGUCUCAGGAAAAUAUAUUUGUGAUGGGGACCCAGAUGUCAAAAGUAGAUAUGCAGCGCCUCCAACAUCGUAUUGCUAACAGCUUCGAAAAUCCAUUUAUUUUUUCUCUUUCCUUAUCACAAUUAUAACAGUAUGUGCAAUCUUCAUUUUACUCCCACCUCUGUUUCCCUUUUGAGCUUUUCUCGCCUUCAAGAAAAGUAAAAUAUUGUUAUGGAACUGAAUCAGUCUCAGCUUUGGUACGUUAAGUUGACACUUGGAAACCACUGUCAUGAAUUACCAACAUUAUCUUUGCACCAAGAUGAACAUUUUUCUCAAAUUUCUGUCGGCUUACUGACAGAGACAGCGGUUACUUAGUCCUUUUCUAUUUAACUUUGAUCAAUUUAUUUUUGUAAAUUUUAACGCUUAUAGUUUGUUACGUUUUAUUUUUUGUUUUUCUUUCAAAAAUUAUAGAUGCAGUGUCAACUUAGCUGCCAUUGCAGUGUUAUUAGUUUUAAUGUUUUACCAUCCUGUUAAGACUCUUUAGUCAGAUGCAUUUGGCAAAUAGUUUUUUAAGUUUAUUUACUCUGUACCCGUUUCCCUCUUCUCAACCAUUUUAGUAUGUAAAUUUUAAACAAUACAGAAAUCCUUGUUAUGUAAUUUUUGCAAAGUAUAUAUCAUGCUUGGCACAAUUUUAUAUAUUUUAGUUAAAUUUUUUACAUUAUUCUGUAAUAUUACAUGUUGUUAGCCAAUUUCAUAAAACCUUCCAAAAAUAUUGCUCGAGUUAAAGUUUGCUGUCUAUAAAUAAUCAGCCCUUGCCCUCCAACCUCGAGUCUAAAUUAAAUUGAUCAAGUAUAUACUUCCUGUUACUGAUCAUCUGGUUUGUUAUCAGAUCUUUAUAAUACCUUACUUUCCAUCUGAUAUCACAAGCUGUGUAUUUUAUUUUGAUGUAAAAUUCUAAAAAUAUGUAUUAUCGGAAUGAUGAAGGUUUUGGCGUGGUGUUUGUCAGAGACAAAAAAUGAGCUUUGACAACUCCAGAAAAGCGAUGUAUUUUAUUUGUCUACAGUUGAAAUGAUAUAAGUAAAAUUAUGUAACUUCUUUUAAAGAAGUGUCUCCUUAAUCAACGAUUUGACUGUUUUCAAGGGUCACAUUUAGAUUGAUAGUGCAUCCAGAAAGAUAAUGAUCAAAAAAUUUCUUAGAGCUUUUUAGUUGAAGUACACCUGUGCUUUGAAUGAUGGAAUGUUACUUGCAUGCUUGGACAAAACGUUGGCCUUGAAAAUUUUAAAAGAAGUGAAAAUUUGUUGUAGGUAUUACUUUAUUAAGGAUGAAUACAUUUGAUUCCUCUCACAUGUUGUUCUUCUAAAAUACCAAGCCAUUUGACCAAAAAAUAAGAAAAAAUUGAUGGAUGGAGAAAAACUGUAAUCUGUGUACUGGAAGGAAGGCUUGCGUCAGAUUAAUGUAACCAGACAAUUAUUGGAUACAUUUUUUGAAGACAGUAAUCUUCAGAUCUUUAAAUUUGGUAACUGAAAAAGUUGUAAAAUUUUAACGUUUUUACAAUUUCUUGUUCUUACCAUUUUGCUUUGUAAUUAAAAUAGUGAUACAAUUUUUUA